GAAAUGCACAAUUUUGAGGACGAAUUAACAUGUCCAAUUUGUUACAGUAUUUUUGAAGAUCCUCGUGUACUACCAUGCUCUCAUACAUUUUGUAGAAAUUGUUUGGAAAAUGUUCUUCAGGCAUCUGGCAACUUUUACAUAUGGAGACCUUUACGAAUUCCACUCAAAUGCCCUAAUUGCAGGAGUAUUAUUGAAAUUGCUCCAACUGGUAUUGAGUCUUUGCCUGUUAAUUUUGCAUUAAGGGCUAUUAUUGAAAAAUACCAGCAAGAAGACCAUCCAGAUAUUGUCACCUGCCCUGAACAUUACCGACAGCCAUUAAAUGUUUACUGUCUACUGGAUAAAAAAUUAGUGUGUGGCCAUUGUCUCACCAUAGGUCAACAUCAUGGACAUCCUAUAGAUGAUCUUCAAAGUGCCUAUCUAAAAGAAAAGGACACGCCUCAAAAACUGCUUGAACAGUUAACUGAUACAUACUGGACAGAUCUCAUUCAUCAUCUUGAAAAGCUAGAACAACAAAAAUCUCAUUCUGAGAAAAUGGUCCAAGGUGAUAAAGAAGUUGUUCUCCAGUAUUUUAAGGAACUCAGUGAUACAGUAGAACAGAAGAAAAAAAUUUUCUUAGCUGCUCUCUCUGAUGUUGGAAAUCUGAUUAGUCAAGAAUAUACCCCACAAAUUGAAAGAAUGAAAGAAAUAAGAGAGCAGCAGCUUGAAUUGAUGACACUGAUAGCAUCUUUGCAAGAAGAAUCUCCACUGAAAUUUCUUGAAAGAGUUGAUGAUGUCCGUCAGCGUGUGCAGGUCUUGAAACAAAGACCACUUCCUGAAGUCCAACCUGUUGAAAUUUAUCCUCGAGUAAGCCAAGUACUGAAAGAAGAAUGGUGUAGAACAGAAAUUGGACAAAUCAAGACAGUCCUCAUUCCUGAAAUGAAAAUUUCUUCAAAAAGGACACCGUCAUCUUCCUUGCAUGAUAAGGAUGAAAAAGAAGUUGAACUUUUUAAAAUUUUAAAUAUUGUUAUAGUUGCAUUAAUAUCAGUAAUAUUAAUGUUGAUACUUUUUUUUGACCAACAUAUAAUCACCUUUUUAAAUGAAAUCACUUCAGUAUGUUUUUCUGAAGCUUCUCUAUCUGUAUAUCAAAAAUUUUCUAACAAUUUGUAUGGUUUAAAGGAUAGACUAUGUAAAACUUUAUAUUCACUUAAGGAAUUCAUUUGGAAAAUAGUUUCUCUAUGAAAAUCCAAAUCUAAAUUGCUUUACUUGGCUUAGUCUAUGAAGACUAUAAAUG